GUAAAUCGGAGUAUUGACAGGGGUUCCACCAACAAAGCAACGUCAUCGAAUAGCUCGCUCAUGGGUGUUUCGAACGAAAUCAGUGGUGGAUCUCUUCAACUCUAAUUGUCCUUCUCAACAACAGACAACAGGCACAACCGCAUGUCGACACCACACUCUCAGUCUCACCUUCCCGUCGAACGGGAAUCACAGCCCUUGCGUGACGGGUCUCCGUGACCUGACGCAACGGCCAGGGGCGAUGCGCCUAAUCCUUCUCCCAGUGUCGACUCGUCGAACUUUAAUUUACUGCCAGAGGCUCAACGUCACCACUACCGAGCAACAGUCAUUUCUGGACAGGAGAACUGCAUGGGCUGCCAAAACAUGGGCGAGUUGGGAGAAGAAAGAGUCAGGAUGGCAGAAGAAGGUGGUGGAAUAUGGCAACCAGGCCUUGAAGAGGAUACCAUAUGAGGAAUGGGGAUUAAAGUCAAUACCUCCCCUUUCAGCCCGUCGAAAGGAGGAGAAGCUCUCCGGCAAGGAGAAGGUUGAAGUCUCUUUCCCAACGACAUUGAUACCGGAAGCAGAAGUCUGGAGUGUCUUAACAAAGUUAGCUACCGAGAGACAGAGCCUGCACAAGAGGAGAAUGAUAUAUUCGUUUAUUGGAAUGCCUAUAUCUGCGCCUGUAGCAAUCAUACCUGUCAUUCCCAACCUUCCGUUCUUCUAUCUGGUUUUCAGAGCAUGGUCUCAUUGGAGGGCAUUGUCAGGCUCGAAGCACCUCGAGUUUCUCUUGGAAAAUAGACUCAUCACGACCAAACCUUCUAAGAUUCUUGACGAGCUAUAUGCCACAGGGAAGCGACCCUUCGAUGCUGGGCCCGUUUCAAGCACAGAAGAGUCUUCCGGCUCCGCGCAAGAGGAGAAAAUGCUCCUUCACAAAUCGGAUGGCAAGCGAAUUUCCGAGGCUCUCGGCAUUCCUGAGCUAGACGUCGAACUCGAUCGAGCGGUGUGGCAGGUAGAGAAGGCGCUGAAAGCUGAGAAGGAGCUUAGAGACGAGAGGCAGGAAUUGGGGAAGGCCAGCGCCGAUGCGAAAGAGCAAAAAUCGGGAGAGAAAAAAUAAGAGGCUCCUGAUAUUGUACCAAAAUAUAGAACUUCGGGGUGUACAAUAUGGGGAAAGGUUGGGAUUAGAUCGUAGACUCGACUCAACAAUGCGGAGAAAGAAAAUAACUGGCAUGAAAACCCAAUGAAGAGAGGUGCUUUGCUCUGAAAAUCGCCAUCGCUCAAGUCCAAUAAUUGCCAACACUCCUUCCAUCCACGUCGCAAAGUUACUUGAAAUUGGCACAAUCAAAAAUGACGAAAAU